CAAACAUUCACCGCAAAGGGAGGUUGGGACUUGGGAGAAGAAAAACCGGGAGGGGAAACUCGAAGAAAUGCCGUAUCUAUUCCUCGGGCUAUGAUCUGAUCUUGGUAUGGUUCGUUCCAGGUUUCUUGUUGCUUGUUCAGGCUCCAAGUUGUGCUUCAUCUCCAAUUGUCGCAGUAACUAUCGGAGCAUGAUUGGUGGUGGGGUGGCGGCGGCAUCCUUACUACUGAUGGGUGUGAAUCAGAAAUCGCAAUGUAGUUUUAAGUUUUAACUUUCGCAUGUUGAUAGAGUGGAAAUUGGAACAGUUGUUGGAGUUUUGGAGCGUGACGUAAGAAACUGAAGGGGGUCAUCGCAGCAUCUGAAUAAAUACAUUUCAGAAGUAAGAGCAAGUACUUUUGUCCUUUUAUUGAAGCAACUAUAUUGAGAUGGGUUUGCCUCAAGUUCCUGCGAUCAAGGAGGAAGCACCUACUACAUUGAGUGCAUCUAUCAUUAGUCCUCGUUUCAGUGGUGGUGGUGGUGGUGCCUGUGAUUCAGGUAAACUUCACGCAGGAACCUCAAGCAGCAGGGCGUUUCCAUACCCAUCCAUCUGUGAUUUCAAGAGAAAAUCUGCAUUGGAUGCUUUGGAUGGAUUUGAUAGUCAUUUCGGAACCAGCCGUUCCAUUGAUGGUCCUGCAGUCUUCCAAGGCCUUAGUCCUGAUUCGAGACAUCCAAGUUGUCAAUCAUGCCCUAAAUUCGGACCUACUGUCCAGAUGCCUGCAAGGAGGGUCGUUGGGUUUGAUUCAGGUUUUGCUAGUUCCAUCGGAGGUUCUGAUAUGAUGGUAGCUGACAAGAUGCAUUCAUCUUUGGUCAUUGAUAACUGUGAUUCAUCAGUUGAACAGCAUGGACCUCAGGCAAGGAAAAGGGUGUUGUCACCAUUAAACAAUGUGCUUCCUGAUGAACAGUUUCACGGUGAUGCGCUGAAUAUUGGUUCCGGUGAUGCCAAAUAUCAGCACAUUCAUUGUGGUAGGCAACUCUUUUCUUCUGGCUUGCAUGACAGUAAAAAGGCAAACACUGGAACUCUUGAUUCCUUUGGGUCACCUACUUCGCCAGCGUUGAGGUACUCCAAUCAGAGUACAGGGCAGGGGGUCAGUAAGUUUAGCUCUAAUAUUUUCACCGAUGGUCCUUUGCUUGAGGGCAGGAAAUCCUUUUCUUGCUCAGAUCACCUAGGAGCCGAAACGAUUAUGAAUCUUGCAAGGGUUUCUAUACCACCUGCAAGAUUAUCACAUUCUCCUCCACUCACUCUGUUUCCUCUUGGUCCAAAAUGGAUGCAUAGAAUGAAGACUGCAAGAGCUCACGAAAAUUCAACAGGGGUAACUGAAAAUGAUUUCCUGAACUUGAAGGAAAUGGAAAGAUCAAAUGGUGAAGAUUAUUCAGAAUAUGGUGGUAGAAUAAGGAUGAGGGAUAUGUUAGAAAAAACUAGUAUUUAUCAUGAUGGAUUUGAUACAAUGACCCCUAAGAGGAAUUUAGAUAGAAGACAUCGAAAUUGGGGCCCAGAAUCUACCCCUGUAUCUCCCCACAUAGGAUGUAUUAGGAGUUUGAGCCUUCUUCCUGUAAGGAGGUCGCUAGUUGGCUCCUUUGAGGAGUCCCUCUUAUCUGGUCGAUAUUCAUGUGGAAAAGACAGACAGAGUAUUGAUGGUUUUCUGGCCAUCCUUAAUGUGACUGGUGGUAACUUCUCUCCCCCAACUCAGAAGCUUCCAUUUACAGUAACCAGCAUUGAUGAAGAUAGCUCCUUGCUGUACUAUUCGUCUAUUGAUCUUGCGGGGAGGAUGCCUACAAACAAUAGCAAAAGCCCAAAACUCAAAAGAAGCCUCAGUAACAAUGAUUCACGGUCAGCAAAAAGUCGGUUACGCAUCCCUGUUAAAGGCCGCAUACAACUGGUGGUCAGUAACCCAGAGAAGACACCACUCCACACUUUCUUCUGUAGCUAUGAUUUGAGUGACAUGCCUGCUGGAACCAAGACUUUCAUGCGGCAAAAGAUCACUCUAUCUUCUGCUUCUCCCUCUAAUCCGACCAAAGAAGGAAGCACAGCCAGUGACAUAAAGGUUGAGCCAGUCCAAUAUGGAAGUGAACUUAGAGAACGCGGGACUCUAAUUUCUGAAUGCCGUGAACAGGGGCAGAACUGCUACUCAACUGAUGAGUCAGAAAAGGAGCGUUAUGCAAAUACUGUCUUUUGCUCAAUGGAAUGUGACAUCAGAAUAUCAAAUGAAUCUACCUCUCUAGGGAAUUCAGAAAAUGACACUAAUGCUGAUGGUUGCUGCUGUCAAGUAGACACAUGUCAGUUAGGUGAAAAGAAAUCUUGCCACGGAUCGUCCAAGGUCAAUGUUAGUUCAGCUGGAGGUGUUCUCCGUUAUGCUUUGCACAUGCGCUUUCUGAGACCCUUUUCCAAGAAGUUACCAAGAUCAAGGCAGCAGUGCAAAUCUGAUCUGUCAUCAGAACAGCACAGUCACAAUACUGAGACUGAGGAAGAGAGAAGAUUUUAUCUCUACAAUGAUAUUAGAGUUGUCUUCCCUCAAAGGCACUCAGACUCAGACGAAGGAGAGCUGCGUGUUGAGCACAACUUGCCUGCAGAUCCCAAGUACUUUGAUAUAAGCAACUAACACCUCCUUGCAAACUCCCAUGUGUAGCUGUGUGUAGCUGCACAUAAAAUCUGUACAUACCAUACUAACUUCCUUAUUAGGCUUUUCUUUUAUUGCCAUUAUCCAUAUGUACAGUACUAACCUUCCAAUGAAAUGCCUCAUUUCAUUAUACUUUUAUGUAUGAUCUCAAAGUAGAUCUUUGGCCUUAUGACUGGGUGUAUAUGCCAUCUCUUUCAAGAACGUGUGGUUUUUCUUCACCUGAAAUUA